AUGUUAUCAUCGAGAAUAUUUACGCCGUUUCUCGCCCUCAACCUCUUUGUCGUCAUAUGUGCCAGGUCGUACUCAGUAAUUGUUCUGCCCCGAGCGAUCAACGAACUUCUGGCCUCAAGGUCGCCAGUGCACAGGUUUUUUGGGGACGACACUCCUAAAGAGCUCCCUGGACACUACCCAGAUGUCGCCAUGUUUUUUGACAGGAAGGAUAGAAAUUACCCACUCACGAGUAACGAUGCGUGGAACACGAUGAUCCCACCGUUCCUUGGUCAAGUUCGCCUUGGACCUAAAGGCCGCCCAUACGGGAUUUCGAUGUACCACCAACUCCAUUGUCUCAACUCCUUGCGCUACACGUACAUGGUCGCUCGGUAUAACCUCGAACCCGACCCUAUCGCCGAACGCUCGAUUGCUCACACCACGCAUUGCUUUCACGUCCUGAGGCACAGUAUCCUGUGCCAUGCAGAUUUAACUCUUGUCGCCAGAAAUAGCACGGAGGAAGGGGAGUCACAUAGGUGUCGGGAUUGGGCACAGAUUCGGAGGUUUGUUGAAGACAAUCAGGCAAAAUGGAGAGAUACGCCGUUGACACCAGAGGCAUGGGAGGAUGUACGGUAG